UAUCUAGAAUAUGUACUUGCUUCAAAGAGUUCAUCAUCGUUUAAAGGUUUUAUCCAUUGAAGGAGAAGUUUUUGAUUUCUAAGUUUUAAGUGGUUAGGAAAGGAGUGAAUUUUGAACAAUUGAAUUAUUUGUGGAGCCGUCUGUUUAAUUACAGAACAUGUAUGUUUAUAUUAGUAGGAGAAGAAGAUAGACUUCAGUUUAUAAUCGUUUGGGAAGCAGGGUUAAUUAUAACAUCUGAAUUUAUCGAGAUUCAUGUUCAAUUAUGGAUAUACUUUAAAGAUUCCAAUAAUCAUAUGAGGGUUAUUAAGGCUACUGGAUUUUAAGGGGGACUUACUGGAUAUACUGUAACUUGAUUCUUUCUAGAGGCAGCACUACAUUCUACAUGCUCCAGUGAGGACAAUCUGCAUUUUUCCAUGCCGAUGGAAAAGGUUUUUAAGAUUGGGAUGUAAACCAAAAAUAUUGCCUAUGUUAAUAACAGAAGCAGGGAUUCAUGUAGUCGGCCCCAAACUCAUUAGAACUAGGAUUUCUUGUUGUAUCUAAUCUGCAAAACAUUCUCUGUCCUUUUAUUUAUCUUCCUUCUGAGUUCUGAGACAAAUUUGCUUUUUUCUGAAACUAGUGGGAGGAAAAUGGAAGUGUCAAUUCCCAAUUCUGUGCAUGGUAUAAGACUGUUUUGAUGAGUCAAUACAUUGAUAAUGUCGUCUGCUUCUCUAGAUGUAAUUGACUAUAGGAAAGGGUCAUGUUUUCUAGUAUAUAAAGUAUUCAAUAGCUGCAUAUGCAACCUUCUUGAUUUUGUUUCUUCAUGUUCCAAUUGAAUGACUGUAUUACAAUUCCUUUUUAUUUUUUCCCCCUCUAUUUGCAGUCUUCUUAUCAGAACACUGUAGCAAUGACAAUGAAUGACACGGCUGCCAUUACUUCUGAUAUUGCCAAUCCCGACAUGCAAAAAUUUUUGCAUGAAGGUCUCACAGACAAUACCAAAGAUAUGGAAGGAGUACAAAAUGCCUUGAAAGUUUCAUAUGAAGUGGAUAUGACCUUAGCCUACUCUUCUGAAAAGUUAACAAAUAUGGAAAAUCUUUUGUUGCGUGUUCUACUAAGGGAAAAUGAUAUUGGAUCAAUUUCGGUUGAGGAUGAUAACAUAUCCACAGAAUCAAUUAAAAAGGCUUUAACAUUUGAUCUGUUGUGCGCUUUUUUGUGUUCUGAGGUGAGAGAACUAGACAAUCUAAUGGGUGAUCUUCAAGAUACUAUUGUCAAUGCCCUUCAUGAGAUAUCUUCUUGUGGACAACCGACAGAAUUGCUUACUCGGCUGGAAAGUAAAUUAUGUGAUUCUGAAGAAUCACUAAAGCGGUCGCAAGAGCAAGUCGUGGAGAUGAAGAUCCAAUUAGCCAAGUUGCUGAUGACCUCAUUUUCAUUUAAGCAAAAUGAAUGGAAAUAUGACUUGGUUGGAAGUUUUAAAGAAGAAUUUCAAUUAGAAAGCACAGAGUUCCAGCCACGAGUGCAGACAAUUGAACAAAGGCAUAUUUUAAGAAUGCUGGAAAAAUCUCUUGCAAGAGAGAUGGAACUUGAGAAGAAAUUAACAGGACUGAAACAAAAUGAGGAAGAUCUUAAACUGAAGAUACGGUUAACAGAACAAGUUGCUGUCUACAUGGAAGAGGCAGCAGAGGGAGCUUGGAGCAGGUUCUUAGAGGCAGAUAAUACAGCAGAGGUGUUGAUGGGAAUUUCGAAAGAAAUGGUGGGCAAGCUUCAGAUUGUUCAGUUCAAUCUGAAUGGUUCAAACAAGAGAGAAGAAGAAAUGAAAUCUAAACUCCGAGAUUGCAUAAAUCAAUUGAACGACAAAGAAAUUGCAAUAGGAAAACUCAACAGCAGCAUUUCACAGCUUAUUGCCGAUAAUUCUGAAGUGACUCAUUUAAGGGAACAAGUCAAAAUGUUGGAGGAAAAGCUGAACGGAACUGAGUCUCAGCUCAAGGAGGCAAAUGCAUCUAGUGAAGCGAAUCAACAGAAAUUAAAAGAAAUGGAGGGUGAAAUACAGUCCCUAAAGGAAAAUAUACACAAUGCAGAGAGUAGAGCUGAAAGUGCAGAGACCAAAGUUACGCAUUUAAUGGAGACAAACUUGGAACUGACAGAAGAACUAGGUUUUCUUAGAAGUAGUAACGACAGCAAUACAAAAAAGGUGAGCAUACUCGAGAAGCAGGUAAGGGAAUUGGAUAUACAGUUGCAGCAUGGAAGGGCAUCCUCUGAAGCAAGUCAAGAGCAGCAGAACAUGCUAUAUUCUGCAAUUUGGGACAUGGAAACAUUAAUAGAUGAACUGAAACAAAAUGUUACAAAGGCUGAAAAUAAGACCGAGAGUGCCGAGGACCGAUGUAUUAUAUUGUCCAACACAAAUUUAGAACUUAACAAAGAACUAGAUUUUCUGAGAGCCAGGAUGGAAUUUUUGGAGAAAUCUGUUAACCAAGCGACUAUUGAGAAAAAAUCAAGUACAGAAGACAUUAAUAUCAAAACUGAGCUAAUUAUGGAUUUGGUUAUGCAACUCACAAUCGAAAGGGAGCGAAUACAGAAACAGCUGUGCUCUUUGACAAAGGAAAACAAAUUGUUGAGAGAGAAGUUCCAUGAAGCAAAGAAGCUUGCUUCUGUAGUUCAGAGAGACAAUAGCAGUGGUAAUAAAGAAUUCCCAUCAUCCGAGUUUGAUUCAUCUGAUGCUGUUUUAACAAAAUUUUCAGCAGAAGUGGCAACACAAUUCUUGUCAACAAGUUUCCAGGCGGACGAAUCACCAGAGGAUAUGCCCCCAGAUCAGAGUGAAUUGAUUUCCAGUUCUGUAAACAGUGAUACAAAUUCCAUUCUAAAGGUGGAGGCACAGAGAAUGGCAAAACCCGGCGAUUGUAGGAGAACAUCCACCUAUGUGGCAAUUAUUGUUCUGAUGCUUUCUAUACUGGCAGCACAUCUGUUUCACCACCAUCUUGCGGCCAUUAACCCUUCUGAGAGUUAAUUCUUUGCACUUUCAAGAUCACUGUGAUUCUUUUUUCCUUACACGUAUUUCCUGUAAAUCCUGUUUGUAAACCAACAUGAUUCAUUUGGUGGCCAGCACUUUUUGUUUAUUUAUCUUUUUCUAGAAUAGGCAUCUUUGAAUUGAACCGAACAACAAAAAUAUUCAUGUAGCAGACUAAGCUUAUUGGGAACAAAGCUUAGUUUGUUCUUCGAAGAUAGCUUGUUUGAUUCUCCUAGGAUUAGUUUCGAAUCCCAGACAUGGGUGUUGUAAAUUUACAAGUUGGUGAUUUGUUGAAUGUAAUUCUAUGUUCACCUAUUUAUUGUUGAAACAACUCCUUAAAUUUGUGCA